GGCGCUGCGAAACAUUAUUAUUAUUGAACAUAUUUUACGUUUAGAUCGUUUAUUAUAUUGUAAUAAACCAGUUUUAUAAACCAGAAUACAAAUGUAUUGUUGUAAUCAAUUGAAUUUAAAAAAUAUUCUUUGAUUCGUGCUCAAGGUUCAUUGGAAUAUCGGAUAAAUUAUGUCAGGAAUGGCGCCAAUGCGUCGCCAUUUUUAUAAAACUUUAGCCAGUCCGUAAAUCGAGAAGGCUGUGGGGAGGAAGAAUUCUGAUAAAGGUCGCGUGCUCGACGGAAACUUGCACGAAAAACCAGCAAAACGCGUGAAUAAUGUGCUGGUCGUAAGUAUAAUUUCGUUCCGUGCUAUCGCGAAUCGAUUUGGAUAGUUUUUGGUCAUGAAACGCAGGGCCUAUGGCAUGGGACUUCCGUUUAAUGAACAGGAACAGGAAGUUCCUCGCGAUCUGAGAUGGCAAAAUAAAAACAUCCUGUAUCGAAGGAAAUUUCGAAAAAUAAGCGUGCGAUGCUUUUGUGAUUUAGAAAAGGAAUAAAGUGAUCAGGAUAGCGCGUUUCUUUCGAGUUGAGUUCCGUUUCAAUUUUUACGACCUACUUUCAAUUUCGGUGCCUCAAGGUCGAAGUACAAUGACUGAUACUUGGAAAAUGGAACAUUCGGAGCCGACCCUAUUCAUUCGGAAAAGUUGGUGGCACCGUUUAAAUAUUAUGGAUAAUUUGAUUUUAGUGUGCAUCAGAGAGAGGGGAAUUGAGUUCGAUAUACAAACAUGCAAGCUGAGAGUAUCUGUGCCAAUGAUAUCGAGGGACUGGACGAAGACACUCUUAUACCAAUUUGAUCAAAAUAAUGAUUUCAUCAAAUACAAUAAAAGAAUCUAUAAUGUAUACAAGUUCAAUGUAAAAUCUGUAUUAGAAAAUCAAUGUUUAUGAGAGUUCUCGAACAAUAUUUGCCAGGUUGAAAUUUUAUCUUGCGAUGUCUCCCAACGUUCACGUUCUCAAGAUGCCUUAUCAAUAGUAGAAUUAGGAAAGCAAUUAUUACUUAGUGCAAAAAAUGGAGACACAGAGACUGUUCGUGAACUUAUGUGUAGAGGAGCACCUUUCACGACAGAUUGUCUUGGUACAAGUGCUUUGCAUUUGGCAGCACAAAAUAAUCAUACAGAAACCGCUGAAGUUUUACUCAGAGCAGGAAUAUCCAGAGAUGCAAGAACCAAGGUAGACAGAACACCACUGCAUAUGGCCGCUUAUGAAGGUCAUCAUCAGAUGGCACAGUUAUUGUUGAAUUAUGGAGCUGAUGUUGAUAGUAGAGACAUGCUUAAAAUGACUCCUUUACAUUGGGCAGUAGAAAGGGAACAUAUAGAAGUGAUGCAUGUUUUAUUGGAACAUGGUGCAGAUGCAAAUGCAACUAGUAAAUUUGACAAGACACCAAUUAGCCUAGCUUUGGAACAUGAUAGACUUGACUUGGUGGACAUACUUCAGCAAGAACGAGAAAUUAUAGGAAUACAAGCCCAACAACAAAAUCAAGCUAGUUCUGCAGAAUUAGAAGUAGCAACUCACAAUUUAAUUCAAUUAGAAGCAGAAGCAGAAGCAGCAAAUGAAGAACAACAAAAAUUAGAACUCGCUCAACAACAAUCACAAUCAAAACGUAAAAGUACCCAAGGUAAUAAAAAGCCAAGAAUGAUUCUUCAACAAAUACAUGUACCACCAUCUACUGAAAUGGAACCAGAAAAAGAAAUGAAAGAUACAGAGGAAAUUAUUAAUACGAAUAAUGUUAACAAUAAUAAAAAACGUAAAGAUGUAACAACAAUGAGUGGAGUCAAUAAACAAUUCAGGUUAUUAGAAGCACAUGGAAUUACAAUGAUACCAAUGGAUGAUGAUGCGUCCAUUGUAGAGAAUGCAAUGGAAAGUGGAAGAACUGUUGUCCUUACAGAGGCUGGUAAACUUGCCUUAAACUUAACAAGAGGUUCUCCAUUAAGUAUGAAACGACUUCAAGUAACUUCAAGAAGAGGAACUCCAAGAAAAGUGAUAGCUAUACGAGCAGAUCAGAUUUUAAAUCAAAAUGCACCUAGCCUUACAUCCCGUGGCCCGAACAUAUUAAAAAGAUCUUCCGUAGAUAAUAAAGCUGGAAAAUUAUUUAUUUCUUCUCUUUCAACUGCUGUGACUGUUCCAACAUUAACGCAAUCUCAAUAUACAACAGCGUCAGAGAACAAAAUAGUCACUUCAUCUUCCAAGAUAACAGAACCAAUCAUUUUACAACUGGAUGAUGAUAUAGAAGAAGUUAUAGAAGAAGAUAAUACAGAUAAUAAUGAGCCAGUAAUGGAUAUAGCAGUGCUUAAUAGACAGUUAGCAGAAGCCCGAAGACAAGCCGCCGAAUAUCGCAAGCAAUUACAAAAAAAGGAGGAGGAAGCAGAAAUAUACAAACAGCAACUUAAAAACAUCGCAUCUCAAAGAAAAUCUAAAUAAUUUUAAAUAAGUAAAUUCUCUCCACAUGGUUUCAUCUUACAAUAAGCGCAAGCAUUUUCCUUUUUUUAUUACAAAUACUUAAUCGACGAAUUUUGUAGUAUUGCUGAAUUUUUUUUAUAUACAAAUGAAGUUGCAUAAACAACUGAUAACUUAUGCGAAUCUUACUAUCUACUCACAUAUUAUCUCUUAUAUACAUCAAUUCAUAAUUCAAUACAUAAACUUAUAUUAAUUUAAUAUAUGCAUACUUUUGUAAAGGUGCAUUUAAAAUAAUUAAUGAUGAAGCUAGAUUGAAGAUGAAAAUAAUUUCUGUAAAAAAGAACUUACAUAUGCAUAUUAACAUAGAAGUGCUUUCUACAUAAUGUCUCCUGAAUGUAAUAAAAAAAUCCUAAUCUUUUAAAUAUAGAAAAAUAUCAACUUACUAUAUUUUCCUAUAUAUUUGCCUUAGUAAAUAGAAUACAAGAUAAAAUAUUUAUUUAUUCUUUUUCUAUAUUAUACAAUAAUAAUCAUUUAUAAAUAGCAUUCAUUAAUAUAUUCUGCAAUAUAUAUAGAUAUAUGCAUACAAUUACAUAAACAAUACGAAUCCAUUCGACAUGAAUUAUAAGUUUAAUAUGAUAAAUGUACACAAAUGUACAGCAGGGUAUUUGUAAAUUUAAUGUAGCCAUCUAUUAAAGAUGUUUCUUUAAAUUUUUACCAUUUUACAUUAAGAGUACAAAAUGUAGAAAGCAAAUGGUUCAAGAUUUUUCAUGAAUGUAACAUAAAAGAUGUGUUUAUGAAAUAAAUUUAUAUUACAAAGAGACACUAUCACUUUACAUAUUACACUAAUAAAAAUAGUUGCAUUCCAAAUAUUUUCAUAGCAACAUUCAUAUAUUUGUAAUAAAAGUGAAUUUUGUUGUUGUGAUGAAAGUAUAAAAAUGAAAAUUUAGAUAUUUAAACAAAAGGAUUGGUGUUAAUAUAAAAUGGAAUGGAGUGUGUUUUAACAUUUUUAAAAUAUCAAAUAUCGUUAUCAAAUUCUAUACGAAAUAGAGUAUUUUACUCAGAUAUACAUAUAUUAUGCAAGCAAGGAAAACGUUAAUAACAAUAGCACGAAACAUUAUGGAAUGCAACAAUGCAGAUAUAAAAAAAUAUUAAAACUUUUUCAAAUAAUGUAUAUUGUAAAUAUGACUUUAUAUACAUGCAUACAUUAAUAAAAAAUGUUAUUUACGGCU